UCUUAUCCAAUUACACCACCAUCGCCCCUUUGUGUUUCUUUCUAAUUACUCAUAUAACAACAAUGGUGGCGUCUUCGCUAUGUCUAUUGAAUGCUCCUGUUUGCCCUCACUCUCUUCCUAAUGUCUCGUCGCAGCCACUCCUCUCUUUCUCCCGUUCCCUCAGGCCAUUCGUUUCCAAGUCCAAACCUUUGGCCUCGCAGGAGAAGAAGAGAGACAACUCCGGACUAGUCGUGGUGGUGAAAUCACAGGCUCUUGACUUCUCAGGCACUUUCUUUGAAGGUGGAUUCGGCUCCGACGAUGACCCCACUUCUCCUUCCGUCUCUACUGCCCUUGAGGACAAACCCGAGCCUCAGUGCCCACCUGGCCUCCGACAGUACGAAACUAUGGCCGUCUUGAGACCCGACAUGUCUGAAGAUGAGCGCCUUGGUCUCACCCAGAAGUACGAAGAGUUGCUUGUGGCUGGGGGUGGAAUGUAUGUGGAAGUUUUCAACAGAGGAGUGAUUCCAUUGGCUUACAGCAUCCGAAAGAAGAACAAAGCUGGAGAGACUAACACUUACUUGGAUGGCAUCUAC